AUAUAUUUUGCAGACGCUAUUUGAAGUUCUGACACGCCAUAAUGAUUUUGCGCCUAGUGUUUAGUUUUUUUUUCUUAAGUGUCGUAACGGGAAAUCCACAGUUGGAUGUCAAGCCAGCAGAAUCGGCGGUAUCAAAGUCCGGGUCCGGCACAGGUCUGUCUUCUUCUAAAGAAGACUGUUCGUGUGAGGACCAAGAUCACAAUAAUUUGGUCCAAACAUCGACUCAAGUCGUGUCUUCUACAAAAGUCAGUCAAUCACCUGAAUUAAGAUUAGCAGAGGUACCACAUCCUCAACAGUAUGCUGCAGACGAGCUGCAGAUCGCAGAGAAGACCAUAUGCGUCACACCAACUAUGAUCCAAAAUAUUGUUAAGGCAGCUCUAACGUACGUAACUCAAAUACCCUUAGAGCUAAAUAACAUUGUAGAUCAAAUUGAUCAAGAAAUAAAUAAAAUGUCAGUUAUCGAAUCUAAAAAAGAAUCAAUUGUAAGACAGUCUGCAGAACCAACAGAAUCCCAAACAAUAUACCAAAUGAUAAACAAGCCUCGAUCUCAUACAAGAACUAAUUUACUAUUGCAAUAUGAUCUGCCUGGCGAACAGCGGCCAAAUUGUAUAGAAGCUUUAGAAAAGCUGAUUGAGAUAGCAUAUAAGGCGUAUCUAGAAAUAGAACAUCAACCACAAUGUCGAGAUUAUUUGUACAAGUUUGCAAGUACAUACAAAGAAGACCGACCACGAGGAUACCUCGAAAAUGGCCAACCCGACAUAAAAUCUUUGAUAUUUAACAUUUUAGAAGAAAUACAGAAACAAAGGCCCGUCACUAGCACUUUUCCAUCCGAAAGUGAUCGUUAUGGAGGGUUUGAAGUACCCACACAUAAUGUUUACACACCUUAUACACCGCCAGUGACUCAAGUUAUUGAACAUACAAUCUCACCAGUUCCUGAACGGCUUCCGAACACGCCAACGCUACAAAUAAAUGAAUAUACAUACCCUCAGCCCCAGUCGAUCAAUUUCCCAGCGCCACCACCAGUAAAUCAAAUUAUUGAACAUACAAUCUCACCGGUUCCUGACCGGCAUCCGAACCCGGAAACACUACAAAUAAAUGAAUAUACAUACCCUCAGCCGCAGUCGAUGACUUUCCCAGCGCCACAACCAGUUAAUCAAAUUAUUGAACAUACAAUCUCACCGGUUCCUGACCGGCAUCCGAACCCGCAAACGCUACAAAUAAAUGAAUAUACAUACCCUCAGCCGCAGUCGAUGACUUUCCCAGCGCCACCACCAGUUAAUCAAAUUAUUGAACAUACAAUCUCACCGGUUCCUGACCGGCAUCCGAACUCGGAAACACUACAAAUAAAUGAAUAUACAUACCCUCAACCCCAGUCGAUCAGUUUCCCAGCGCCACCACCAGUAAAUCAAAUUAUUGAACAUACAAUCUCACCGGUUCUUGACCGGCAUCCGAACCCGCAAACACUACAAAUAAAUGAAUAUACAUACCCUCAGCCCCAGUCGAUCAAUUUCCCAGCGCCACCACCAGUUAAUGAAAUUAUUGAACAUACAAUCUCACCGGUUUUUGACCAACUUCAGAACACGCAAACACUACAAAUUAAUGAAUAUACGUACCCUCGACCCCAGACUAUCACUUUCCCAGCGGCAUCACCAGUAUAUCAAGUUCUUGAACAUACAAUCUCACCGGUUCCUAGCCGGCUUCCAAAAACGCAGACACUACAAAUAAAUGAAUAUACAUAUCCUCAGCCCCAAAUGGUUACUCUCCCACCACUACCACCAACAUAUCAAGUUCUUGAACAUUUGACAAUCUCACCGGUUCCUAGCCGGCUUCCAAUAACGCAAACACUACAAUUAAAUGAUCAUACAUACCCUCGGCCCCAGAUGGUCACUCUCCCACCGCUACCACCAAUUCAGAAAGAUACAAUAAUGAAACAUACUACUAUGCCGAUAAAACACGUACCCAUCAAACCCAUUCAACCCGAGGGGGUAAUAAAUCUCAUUACAAAACUUUUACAAACCAGCGACAAGCCGAACAAUGGUAAAGUGUAUGACCACAUCACAAAGCUCGUGGAACUCAAUCCAAAUAUUUUCCAUCCACAGUUACUGAAACACAUAACCACUAUCCUGAAAACUCAUAAGCAAAGUAACGUCCCGCGAAUAAAGGAUUUGCUCCUAUCUCUUCUUAGUGUACAACAAAAACCGCAGUUGAAAGAUGCUUGCACAGAGACACUGCUGACCUACUUACAACCAAAUAAUAUAGGCCAAUACGAUGCAAGAUUGGUUGACGUUUUAUUGUAUUUGGUCAAUAAACAACCAUCUCUUUCUGAGUGUAAUUACAUAUCAUCUAUUUUGAAUCCAUUUAUGACAGGAUUACCUACAACAGGCGAAUACGCAGAAAUAGCCUUCAAUGUUAUACGGCAAAUACAAACUCAAGUACUAACCCCAGAACAGACUAAUAUUAUUACGACAUUAUUGACUCCCUACUUACCAGAUCUUGAAAAUUACAAUAAAGAGCCAGCGGUUAUAGUCGCCAAAGAAUUAUCGAAAUGGAAUGGAAUGGGAAUAAGUCCCAAACAAUUUAAUUCAAUAUUAAACAUUUUGAGGCCAGCAUACCCAAAUAGUAGUAUAGACCAACGAGCUAUUGAUAUUAUAUAUUUCCUUUUGAUUAAUGGACAUCGCCUGAUUCCGGAGUCUAUAGAAAUAAUUUUAAUGUUGUUGUCGCCGCAAAAUGGAAUUGUUGACUCCAGACGACUUGAUUUUAUCCACAUAAUAUUCAAUGAGCUGCUAAGAUCCCCUAAACAUGGACUGCUCCUAUUGUCGUUGCUUAUAGAGAAUGGUCCCUAUAUUUUGAAUUCAAAAUAUGUGGAAAUAUUGAUUAUACUAAAACAUUAUAACUUAAUCACUAUAGAAUUAUUAGAUGUUCUUGUAAAACUUCUGAAUGAUGAAAUAAAUGGACAACAAUUAGACAACAAUAAAAUUCAGACAUUGAUCCACCAUGUAACACAGCACCAACAGAAUUAUCCACAACCUGUGGCUGAUAUUUUGGCACUUUUGAAUCAAGGUGGUCUUCCGGGAACAGGUCUUCAAUUGCUACAGUCUCAACCACAAGAACCUAUGGAUGUAAUGACUGAAAACAGUGAAACUCACAUACCACCGUCCGUCGACUUCACCAAUGAGUAUCGCACGCCCGACGAUGGAUAUCAAACGAUAGAAGAAACAAACGUAAUAACUCCAAUAUCUCCAUUAAAUCCAUUAAAUCCAAACCCUGAAGACGACUUAGUGCAAAUCUUUAAGUGGUUGGAGAGUCACGGGCUAUUGAACCCAGAUCAAACAUCUAAUAAUGAACUGGUCAAUAAAAUAUUGAAGAUUUUACAACUGGGCGAGCGGGAGUUAGGUGUCCUCGAGUUGACAUACAUGUUGAAACACGCGAAGCCCCUGAUUUAUCAACCCGUAUAUUAUGUGAAGUAUAGACUGCCAAUAUUGAACUUCAUAUCGAACAUGAAGACCUUACUAGUGGAGAACCCUAACCUGAACGCUGAUCCCAUGAAACUGUUACAAGAACUGAUAGUUGUGUCCAAUGUAACAGAGGUGUCACCGAAUCUACAGGGCUUCCCCAAAGAAGAAAUAUUGAAAUUAACGUUAUAUGAUGGAGAUUUAAUUCAAGCGAAGAUUCUUGAUGAGCAGAACAUGAGUUUGAAUGAGCAGAUCACAUAUGUCCACACAUUGAACGCAGAUAUCUCACCUGAGGAGCUGUUGCAGUUGAACGAGAUGAACGAAGCCAAGUUCUUCCCUAACUUAAUACAGACGAAUGGCCCUAGUAAGCUAACGAUAUUAGGUAACACGAUAGAUAAAUUCGUGGAGUUUCCACCUGUUCAAUAUCAGCAGGUGAUCUCCACCUCCAAUCCAGGGGUAACUCAUGAAACUCACACAGUGCAUCAGACGUACAUCGAACGAACGAACCAGCACACCACACCGCAAUCUGUUCCGCAAACCCUAGUUCUGCCCAUCAAGUAGAAAACAGUCAUCUUUUGUUUUUUAUUAAAAUAUACCUUAGGACAAAACGUGUAGUUUUAUUUUUGUUUGUAUAAAUAAACAAUAUAAUAUUACGUAACUCC